AUGCCGAACCAACCAAAGAAACAUUUUGAUGGAAAGAGGCGCAAGAAGGUGAAGAACGACCGUACCAAGGCCAAUGGAUUCGACGAAGUGCUGCAGGCCGAUAUCGAUCGACUUAUCAAGCAAAAUCGCCCUGAACAAACCGAGCAGGAGGUCGAGAAUGGUUCCCCUCCUCCGCCUUCCCUCCCAGAGACCUUUACCGAGAUCGACGUGACGAUAUCCGAAAUUUCUUCUACCGGUGAUGGUCUUGCGCUUUCAGAGAACAAAGAUCAUGUCUUCAUGGUUCCAUUCACAGUUCCGGGAGACAAGGUCCGAGUCAAAGUUAUCCGCCACUUUGAACAGCUCUCAUAUAGUAUGACCGAUUUCCUCAGUGUCAUUGAACCUGGACCCAAGCGAAACGAUGCGCUCAUUGGUUGCAAAUACUUCUCAAAAUGUUCGGGCUGUCAAUUGCAGAUGAUGUCCUACGAUGACCAGCUGGAUCACAAACGUCGCAUUGUCGAGAAAGCUUACGACAACUUCUCCGGUCUCAUUCCUGAACUUGUACCGGCUAUUGGAGAGACAUUCGCAUCGCCCAUGCAAUACGGAUACCGAACAAAACUUACACCGCAUUUCGCUCAAGGUGGCGGUAAGAAGAAGCACGGAGACGACCAGGAGCCACAGGAAGUCAAAGUCCCGCCUAUCGGCUUUACAUACAAAAAUCGCCGAGCUGAUUUGGAUAUCGAAGACUGCCCACUGGGAACUGAUAUUGUAAGAAGUGGAUUGAAGAGUGAACGAAAGCGUGUGGCUGAAAACAUCCGCUCCUACAAGAAGGGCGCGACACUUCUUAUGCGAGAAUCCACUAGUCGGGUUCCUAAAGACGCGUCCACGACCAACUCCACUACUAAUGGAACUAACGGAUUAGUCUCGACCCCAGGUGCAGACACUGGUGAUGUGAUUCGCAUUGAGCGUGAGAACUAUAUCGAAGAAAAGCGCUGCAUCACGGACAACAACGCUACAUCCGUGGAGUUCGUCGAUGACUAUGUCUUCAGCAACAAGGCCGGUGCCUUCUUCCAAAACAACAACUCAAUUCUCUCGGGAUUCACAGAAUUCAUUCGCUCUCAAGCUCUCCCCACCGGCAACGACAAGGACCCGCGCCCCAUCAAAUACCUGCUUGAUGCCUAUUCUGGCUCCGGUCUCUUCACCAUCACACUUUCACCUAUUUUCAAGUCUAGUCUCGGUGUUGAUGUUGCUGGUGACUCUAUCACAUCGGCCCGUGAGAACGCUCGCGCCAACAACCUCCCCAGCACAGGGUUCGCCGCGGCGGACGCAGCUGUCUUGUUCAAGGAUGUUCCAUACCCCGCUGAUCAGACUUUGCUCGUUAUUGAUCCUCCUCGCAAGGGCUGUUCAGAGGAUUUCCUCCAGCAACUCCUCUCUUUCAAGCCUCGUCGUGUUGUCUAUGUGAGCUGCAACGUUCACACUCAAGCCCGCGAUGUUGCUGUUAUGGUGCAGGGUGAUGAAUCGAAGAAUGUUCGCUAUGAGAUUGAAAGUGUCCGUGGCUUUGAUUUCUUCCCUCAGACUGGACAUGUUGAGGGUGUCGCUAUCUUGAACAGAGCCGAGUUUCCCUCGAAGGAGAGCGAGCCUGCAAAUUAG